AUGUCUUUUAAUUUGACCGAAUACUUGGCAAGAUUCCGUGCUAUCGAUAAAAGAUCAUUUCCUCCGGUGGAUAAUGCUACGAGAGAGUUAAAUCGCAUAACAGAUCGAUUGGCUGUUUCGCCAGAAGAUAUUGACUCAGAUCAAGACUUGUUUGAAACACUUAUUGAUUUAGCUCAAGGGUUUUCACAUUUGCUUCCUAAGCUUCAACAGCAGCUAAGCUAUUUGGUGAGCUCUUGUUUAAGAAACUUAACCCAAGUGAUUGCUGACAAUAUAAACGACAAUUCAGACAGAGAAGAUAUAUUAUCAUACAUACCUAGUUGGAAACUGCAUUUAGAAGAAUUUUGCUACCUAUUGCAUGUUAUUUUAACUUUUUUGCAAGAUGAAAUAGCGUCUUCCAGCGUAUCCAGUGCUGGUAAAUCAAAUUAUAGGAAAAACGAAAGUACAUUUACCGCCGAACAAUUCAAAAGAAGCUGUAUCCAAGUUGAGGGUUUUCUUGAAGUUAUUGUUAAUGUUUUAGAAUUACCUCUGUUUAAGAUCUUCCAAACAACUAGGACAAGGGAUGUUUUCGUGGGACUAUUUAUCAAGCCAUUAUAUGUUCUCAUUGAAACAGAGCCAGUAAUUAAGAUACAAUCUUUGAAAUUUUUCAUAAUGAGGAUUAUAGCAUCUUCUGUGAAGAACCACGGUCAACUAUCGAACGUACUGAAUCUAAUACUAUCCAGUCUAACGUAUUUUCCACAUCUAGCAAACUUUAAUGCGGAUUUGUUGAAGGUGCUAAACGAUGAUUUUGGCCACCCGCAACUCACAGAAGAAAUCUUGAGGGACAUUAGUAAUAAAGAAUUUAAUACGAGGGAUACCACGGGCCCCAAGGUAACGUCCAAUUUUUUAAUUAGGUUGUCGGAAAUAUUACCAAAAGUUGUACUACGUCAAAUGACAUCGAUUGUUAAACUGUUAAAUAAUAGUUCGUUUACAUUGCGGUGUGCCGUUGUUGAAGCUUGUGGGAACAUUGCGGUUGAUAUUAUAAAGGAUAAUGAAGCAAUUGGAAACUACAAAAAUCAACUUGAAGUUUUAUUGGAGUUAUUAGAAGAAAGAUUUCGGGAUUCUAACCCAUACGUAAGGAGUAAAGCUAUUCAAGGCUGCUUGAAAAUAUGUGAACUGGAAAUUAAAUUUAAUAGAAAUAGACUAAACCUGGUUAAAUUAGCAGUGAGGUCAUUGCAAGAUAGAUCAUCUUUAGUUCGUAGAAACGCGGUAAAGUUGCUCUCGAAACUGAUAUUAACUCAUCCAUUCACUCAGUUACAUGGUACCCAACUUAGGUUAACCGAAUGGGAAGAACGUCAUAGAGCGGCCAUGGCUCACCUAAAGAAGAGUUUAAGUAACAAUGAGCGCUCUUCUAAUCGGCGUUCUUUGCAUAACAAAUACGAUGGUAGUUCAGAGAGGGACAGCUCAGAAGAUGAUUCGAACAGUGAAGAAAAUAGCGAACAUAGAGCUGACGAUGGAGUAGAAGAUUAUGAAGUUGGACCUGGAAAUAUAGAGCAGUUGAAUGAGAGAGAAAACAUUACUAAAGGGCAGGAUUUGUUGAAAAUGGAAUUGACAGUUCGCUACUAUACCGAAGCAGUAGACUUUAUUACCGCUAUACAUGAAGGUAUAAAGUUAGCUUGUGGUCUCCUUCUUUCAAAAAAUAGAAAUGAAGUAUUGGAGACAAUGGAUUUUUUUGUUCUUGCUGACGCUUACGAUGUUGAGUUAAGCUACUUGGGUAUCAAGCGCAUGUUAAAUUUAGUGUGGAUGGAGGGAUCUAACAACGAAGGGAUUACAAUUGCAUCUCACCUGGUGGAAUGUUAUAAAAACUUGUUUUUAACAGCACCCGAGACUUAUAAUUACAAGGAAAAGGCUAUUUACAUUGCCAAGAACUUGGUAAAUUUAACAAAAAAUACAUCGGUGGCAGAUUUAGCAUCUUUGGAAAAGCUGCUAGGUAUGAUGUAUCAGGCCAAGUUUAUUGACCAAAAUAUUGUUAAUGUUCUAUGGGCCAUAUAUAACAGCGCUGGUAACAAUCAACAGGAAACUUUCACGACGGAGCAGAUUCACGGAUCUAUAAUCAUUAUCGGAUUCCUUUCUCUAGUAGAUCACGAAGUAGCGCUCAAAGGAAUUGAUGCUUUGUUAAAUUCCGGAUUAGGCGAACCAGGAAAGAAAGAUUCAAUCCUAUCAAAGUUUACAUGCAUUGCACUUCAGAGAAUUGUACCAGCAGACUCUAAAAAAUCUAUCGAUUUUGAAAUUCCUCGUGCAGAUGACGCAGUUAACAAAUUACAAAAGAAAAUCUUAGAGUAUACUGAUGAUCCGAAAUACUUCCCAGUCUGUGAGCAAGCGAUCAAUGCUUUAUUUGCUAUAUCAAGUCAACCAGAUGUUGUUUGUACGGCCGUUAUAAAGGAAAAGAUAAUGAUGACAUUCGGUGAACCAGAAGAUUCUGCUGAAAGUGAAUCUCACUCUCGUAUCACAUCCCUCACGCAAUUAUUAUUUAUUGUAGGACAAGUGGCGAUCAAGACAAUUGAGUACUUAGAAAAGUGUGAGGCAGAGUUCAAGAAGAGGAAACAGGAAAGAAAAGUGUCAAACAAUGACGAGAAAAAUCAGCCAGAGGAUGGGGAGAACAACGAAAUGGAUGUGUCAAUAAAUCAGGACGAUGAAAACAACAAAGAGCUAGAGAUGAUAGGGGGCACGGUGGAAGAUGAUUUUGCAGAUGCGGUUCAGCAUAUCAGGGAAAAUGAGUUAAUAUUUGGAGAAUUUUCAUUAAUUGGGAAGUUCGGGCCAUUAGUUGAAGAGAUAGUGUCAAACUCUGGGAAAUUCAGUGAUCCAGCAUUACAGAGGAGUGCUGUAUUAUGCUUAGAGAAAUUAAUGUGUGUCUCUUCCAAAUACUGUGAGAGGAAUCUACCACUACUAAUUACUAUUAUGGAAAAAUCUGAAGAUCCAAUAAUUAGGUCAAAUGCAGUUCUAGGACUAGGUGAUAUGGCUGUUUGUUUCAACAAUCUGGUAGAUGAGAAUACGGAUUACCUAUAUCAUCGACUUCACGAUGACAGCAUAAUGGUGCAGCGAACAUGCCUGAUGACAGUAACAUUUCUGAUAUUAGCAGGUCAAGUUAAAGUUAAAGGACAACUAGCGCAAAUGGCAAAAUGCCUAGAGGAUGAUGACCAGGGAAUAAGCGAUAUGUGCAAACUCUUUUUUACAGAAUUGGCGACCAAGGACAAUGCAAUUUACAAUGGAUUUAUAGAUAUUUUUAGCGGUUUGUCCAAUGAUGACGAGCUAAAGAAAGAAUCAUUCAAGCAUAUCAUGAAGUUCCUACUAUCCUUUAUUGAUAAGGAACGUCAACAGAAGCAGCUUUCUGAGAAGUUAUUAGGGAGAUUAUCAAAAGUUGAGAGCCAGAAGCAAUGGGAUGAUAUUGCUGCUGUUUUAAAUAUGCUUCCAUACAAAAACGAAAAGAUUAAUUUAGCUUUAGAGGAAGGUUUUAAAUUGGUGAGCGCCAGGGAUUAA